UUAUAUUCACAUACAUGAAUAUUGAUUAUGUAGGAUAUUGCAGUUUUCUUUUUCUAAAGUUAUCUUUUGAAAAUUGCUUUCGCUCGACAUUUUUUAGUGUAUUGGUCGAGUGCAUCGUUCUGUAUGCCUUGGUGCCCUUUUUACUAGCAAUCUUAUAUUUCGUGGAACAGAGCUUAGUCAAACUAGAGGGCUGGGAAGACACUGUUACCAUAAUUUCUAGCGAUAUGCGUCACUGGGAUGCUUCUGAGAAAGCUGACAUUUUGGUUAGUGAACUCCUAGGUUCUUUUGGUGACAAUGAGCUUUCUCCUGAGUGCCUGGAUGGAGCCUAGAGGUUUUUAAAGGACGACGGGAUUUCAAUACCAUCUUCAUAAGUAUAUUCUCUAAAGUAUAGUAUUUUCAUACUUAUGAAGAAAUAUAUGAGUGUGUUAUUUUAUGAAUUUAUUGUCCCGAGGAAAAUCUGAAUGGGCUAUGUGCUUGCUUUGCUUAAUGGU